AUGCCGUCCAAUUCCGACGGCGCUGAUACGGUUUCACCACCCAUUGAGAGAGAAAGGUCUGCGGUAUCCUAUACUUAUGAUGGCAUUAGUGGAUGGAAAAGCGUUCGAAUUCUUCGAAUUGGAAGAGGGAUGUAUCAUGAUGUCCGGAGACGCCUGCCUUAUUACUUCAGUGACAUUCGCGACGCGUGGACGUACAGAACCGUCGCCAGUAUCAUUCGCAUGUACUUCGUGAAUAUGCUUCCAGCCAUAGCCUAUACUCUGGAUAUGAAUCGGAGAACUGGGCAGUUUUAUGGCAUCAAUGAAUCCCUUUUCUCGUCUGCUUUGGCGGCGAUGGUAUUCAGCGUCUUUGCAGUACAGCCUCUAACCAUUGUCGGCAUAACUGGACUGAUCUCUUUAUUCAAUUACACCAUAUAUGACAUCGUCAAGCUUUAUGAACCCUCCAUUUUCCCUGAAUUCAUGUGUUGGGUGGGAAUCUGGGGAGCUAUUUUCCAUUGGAUUGUUGCGCUCUGCAACAUGUGUGACUACAUGAGAUAUGUGACAGAUUUCUCAAGUGAAACGUUUGGUUUCUAUGUCGGGACCAUCUAUAUCAGCAAGGGCGUGGAGGAGCUAAUCAGCGAGUUCACAACUAAAGGGCACAUCGCUGGAUUCAUGAGCUGCAUGGUGGCUAUUCUGUAUUUCUUGACCAUUUACAGCUUAGAAGCCAUCGGUUCCAGCACCGUUUGGAGGCCCGGCUUUCGGGGUUUGCUGGCUGAUUACGCGUACGUGAUUGGUACAGUAUUCUGGGUCGGGUUCUCGCAUAUCCCUGGACCGCUCCAAUCUGCAGAUGUCACUCGUGUACCCAUCAGCAAAGCCUUUUACCCCACACAGCCACGAAACUGGCUGAUUCAAUUUUGGGAAUUGGAUACCAAGUGGGUGUUCGCAGCGCUUCCUUUUGGAUUCUUGAUCAUGUUGCUAUUCUAUUUUGAUCAUAAUGUCAGUAGCCUAACGGCUCAGGCUCGACAAUUCCCUCUGAGAAAGCCGGCUGGUUUUCAUUGGGACUUUUUUCUUCUCGGUUGCACCACAUUCGUUUCCGGGAUCAUUGGAAUCCCUUUUCCUAAUGGACUAGUCCCACAGGCGCCUGUGCAUACUGACUCCUUGACCGUCUAUCACACUCAACUUCGACUUAUACCAACUGAGGAAGGCGAAGAGUCCGAGAUCCGCCGCCCUGUCAUCAGUGCAACUGCAGUUGUUGAACAGCGCAUAUCACAUUUUGUCAUGGGGCUAGCUAUCAUUGGUACUAUGACGGGGCCUAUUCUGAUCGUCCUCCACACUAUGCCUUCCGCCGUUUUCGCCGGCGUUUUUUUCAUUGUUGGCUGGGGAUCCAUCGGGAGCAGCGGUAUCAUGCGCAAAGCUAUCCAUUUAAUACAGGAGGACCGGUUUGUGCAGCGCGACGAACCUCUCUUGAAAGUCCGCAGCCGCAAGGUCAUGCUAUGGAUCGCGUGCCAGCUUAUUGGGGUCGCUGCCUGUGUCGCGAUAUCCGAAACCAUCGCUGCAAUUGGAUUUCCCGUCCUUAUUAUAGCACUCAUUCCAUUCCGAGUGUGGAUCAUUCCUAAGUGGUUUUCUCGGGACGAAACCAGCGUCCUUGACGACAUGACAGCCAAUAACAAAGCCGUGUUGGCGAGUCUUGGUGGACCGCCCCGCUUCCCAGGCGAGACUCACACCCAGGAAUUUGGUCUUGAGCGCCGGUACUCGGAACAGAAGAGAGGCUACCUGGCAGAGCAGUAUCGCUACCAGAAUGAGUGGGUCACAUUUCUUCGCGCCGGUCGGAGCCACCUUGCCACCACAGGGCACGGUGGGAUAGUGAAACUCUCGUGA